AUGUCGCCUACUCCAUCAUUGAGAUCAAUAGCAAAAGACGGGGAGGCAACUGGUUGGACCGCUGGCUCGUACACAGGGACGGAUGAAGAAGCAACGGCAGGCCUGGAACUGGAACCGGCUGCCGCGGCUUCAUUGGUGAAAGCGUACGAUAGGGUGAGAUGGAACUUUGUGGAUAUUGUGCUACAACAGAUGGGCUUUGGUCUUAGAUGGAGGACAUGGGUGAAGGAAUGUGUGACUACAGCGUCUAUGUCGGUGUUGAUCAAUAGGAUGGUGGGCGAGGCAGUCAGCAAUGGGCGCAUUUCUCCACUGUUAGUGGGAGGAGACAACAUAGAGUUGUCGCAUCUCCAAUUUGUAGAUGACACAAUUUUAUUUUGCCCACAGGAAACGGAGACGAUUUUAACUGUGAGCAGGCGUCUUACACAGCGAGGCAGUCAGCAAUGGGCGCAUUUCUCCACUGAAACGGAGACGAUUGUGAACUAUGUGAACUAUAAGAGUUUCUUUGACUUGAUGUCUGGAUUAAGUAUAAACUUUGAUAAGUCAACCUUGAUUUCAGUUAACUGUGAGCAGGAAUGGGUGACGGAUAUGUGUGGUUUGUUGGGAUGCACCCAAGCUACUUUACCUGUCAGGUAUUUAGGAAUCUCGCUAGGCGCAAACCCCCAGUUGGUGAAGACAUGGAAACCGAUCAUAGACAAGGUGGAAGAUAAGCUCAGUUUGUGA